AUGAGGCCUGGUUGUGAUCAAAGCGAAGAUGUUAUGAAAAGAAAUCACACCUUAUCUUGGAUCUGGAAAGCCCACGGAGUAGGUGCAAUAGGUGACAAUAAUGAGUCCAUCUUGUCUGAAGCCUUGCAUAUCAAAUGGUGCAAGUUGAGAGCACACACCAGCCAAUGGGCUAAAGAGGUUGAGCUCCUGCAAGAGGAGAUGCGCCGAGUCACAGAAUUUCUUUCCUGGAAUGCAGCAUGGUGGGAGGAGCAGGCCGUUCACAGGACUGGCUUGACUACAGCAGAGUGGGAGGGUAUGCAGGGAUAUGCCAGAUGCCAGGCUGCGAUGUGGAGGGCUAUGCGAGACCGAUUCCUAGCCCUGUGGAGUGUUGUACCAGUUCUCCUGCAGUUACCAUCGCCUGUUGCCCCAUAG